CCAUUUUUAUUUUUCCUUGAGGUUUUUUGCCUUACCUGUGAGGAGACAGAAGGAAGCAUCAGCUUGGAUAGUUUGUCCAAUAACGCUGUGAGGUUAUAUUGUGACAAACAUGCUCCUUCAUCACACAAGAGGAACUCUAAUGGUUGCGCUAAAGCCCCCAGACCAUUGUCUGCGUACAGCAGUGACUCCAGCUCAUCGAACAAUGCAACACCUUCAUCUUUCAAGAGACGGUGUGAACCCAGUGAUAAACACAGACAAGACGAAACGCCCUCUAAACGUAAAUUUAAAAGCCCCAGAGUCAUACAAACAGAUGAUUCUUCAGAUUCAGAUGACAGUAUACCUGAUUCAGACAUGGCAAUAUUUGCCCCUUUAGAGACGGAUUUAGAAAGCUGUGUAAACUCUGUUUACGAGCCCGAAUUGAUCAGAAAAGACACUGAGAGUCCCGUUCUGUACAUCUCAGAAAGUCAACCAGAGGAAGAGAGAGGAGAUGGAAGUGAAGAUGAAACAAUGAUACAUUCAGAUGCUGAGUCGCAGAGUCUGCUGUCUCCUGUGUCUCAGCGACAUCCAACAACAGUAGCUACAGUCUCAACUCAGACCUCCCCACCUGCACUUCCAGAUGAGGAUUUGGUUAAGACAGAAGGAUCCACUCCUGAGCAGGCUCCUGUCCAGAGUCCCGAUAAACACACCGCUGGACCCUCUGUCCCACAGCAGAGCCCUGCUGGACCCCCUCCCUCCUGUGACCACUCCAAACCUUGCAGUGUUACUGCCUCACCUCCGUGCACCACCUCAGCAACUUCCCCAGCUCCACCUGAGAUCGUUCAUGUAACUGUGAUGCUUCCUCCUUCCCCUUCCCCUUCCCCUUCCCCUCCCCCUCCCAUGGGACCUCCAUCAGACCCAGAGCCCACCAUCAACGCCACCAGCUUCUGGAGAAGCUGCAACGUGGCAGGAUGCACACAGGCCAUAUUCACUGGUUUCAUUAACGAGAUGAACGAUAUCUCCAGCAGGAUUCAGUCAGACCAGGCGAGCCAGGAGGAUUAUGAUCUUGCACUUUCAGUGAUGACAGUCUCUGGAAAACUGGCAGAGCUUGUGGCCAAACAGCAGGAAGAGACACGAAGAAAACAAGUGGAGCUGCAAAAGGUGGCAGCAGUUAUGGAGAAGGUCAUCUCAACACUGAGAGGUGUCCAUCAGCAGCUGCAGUAAGAACAUGAAUAUCUAUGUUUACAGUGAACUUCCUUUUGGACUGUGAGUUCCACUGUUGUUUUGUAUUUCACAUUAUUCACAUUGACACUUUAAGCAUUUUCUACAAACUGUAUAUUUGUGGUUUUAUGGUUUUGUCUUAAUAUUUAAGACGGUGGAGAGGCCUGAAUGUAGAAAUACAAAACUGCAGCAAUAUUUGGCAUUCAUCAUUCAAAAAGCAAAUUAAUUAAUUAAAUUGUUACAAUAUGAUCUCAGAUUUCAGUCUGUGAUUGUGAUGCUUUUACAAAUGAGUUGUACAUAGUGACAUUCCCUUUAGGAAAGAUGUUACAUAGGGAUGUUACAUGUCAUGAAAUAUAUUUGAAUUCAACAAAAGCAAGAGGUUUUAUCAUUUAAAUCAUGAACUAAACAGGAACAGGACUGUGUGCUGAAAAUGUUCCACAUCCAACCCUAUGAACUGAACCAAGUAUGCCUGAACUCCUGAAAUGUUGAAAUUGUGAAAAUAACUUCUUUUACAUUCAUAUAUUUUGUUUAUGAUGUUGAGCUAUUUUAUUGUUUAACAUGUGUUUUUUAUAUUUUUAUAAUUGUGAAUGUUGAAAGAAAACCCUACUUAAAUGUGCAUGCAGAAAGGAUAAACGUUUUAAGACAUGAUACACAUUGUAUAGAAUUGUUCUCUGUUCUUUUUAUGAAUAUUUUUAAAGAUCAUUGCAGCUCAAACUGCUAAUAUUUACAGUAACCCUUCAGCUUUUUGUUCCAUGAAUCAGUGAGUGUCCCAAUAGGUCUGAUGUUUUUUUUUUUUUUAACUUGAUUUAACAAGUUAACUGUGAGUAAGGUUAAGUUCAAACUAAUAAUCAAAGGACAGGAAGAGCCGAAAUAAUACUGCAGUUUACAGUUGAGUUUUCACAAGGAGGUCCAAAAGUCUUUUUUUUUUUUUUUUUUUACCUUAUUGUUUAGUCUUGUUGUACAGGUUACAUUUUUAUGGAGUAAAACUGGUAAUUUAUGCAAAACAUGUCGGUGUAUGUUUCUUGUCCUCCUUGUCUCUACAUCAGAUAUCAUUCAAUUUAAAAACUCCCCUGAUACAGAGUUAGUGUCAAAGAAAAACUAAAGGUUGUUCGUUUUCUUAUCAAAGAAAAUUAGUUUAUUUUUGAAUUAUCUGAAGUAAUUUCCUUAAUUUACAAUUAGGGGUAAGAUUAGAGAAUUUUAAUAUUAUAGCCAAAGGAGAUUAUUCAUCUUUCCCAACCUUUUUAAAGAUUUGGGAAAAAGAUCUGGGGAUGGUUUUAGACGAAAAUACCUGGUUAAACAUUUGUGAAAGAAAACAUUUUACAUUCACGUGUAACAACAUCAAGGACAUUAAUUUCAAGUUUAUCCAUAUAUUUUUUCUCACUCCCAUAUGAAUGCAUACAAUUUCCAAAGACAAUAAAGCUGACUGUCCGACAUGCGAAA